GGCGGCGGCGGCGGCGGCUUGGGCAGUGGACGGGCGUCUGUGUUUCUUGGCCGCGGGAGGGCUGAGGUCCGCGGCAGCGUCAUGGUCGAGGAGGUGCAGAAGCAUUCUGUGCACACGCUUGUGUUCAGGUCCCUGAAGAGGACUCAUGACAUGUUUGUAGCUGAUAAUGGGAAACCCGUGCCUUUGGAUGAAGAGAGUCACAAAAGAAAAAUGGCAAUCAAGCUUCGCAAUGAAUAUGGUCCUGUGUUGCACAUGCCUACUUCAAAAGAGAAUCUUAAAGAGAAGGGCCAGCAGAAUGCAACAGAUUCAUAUGGUCAUAAACAGUAUCCCGCCAACCAAGGACAAGAUGUUGAAUAUUUGGUGACAGGUACACAUCCAUAUCCACCCGGACCUGGGGUUGCCCUGACUGCAGACACCAAGAUCCAAAGAAUGCCCAGUGAGUCAGCUGCGCAGUCCUUAGCGGUGACAUCACCUUCUCCUCAGGCCAGGGCUGAGGCAAAUCGAGCGACUGCUGGAAGUGAGUACCGGCACCCCGGGCCGUCGGACCGCGCCCCGCCCCCGGCCAUGAGCUCCAUGAUGGUGGAGAGUGGCAAUGCCAAGAACUCUGCCCUGAUGGCUAAAAAAGCCCCCACCAUGCCAAAACCCCAGUGGCACCCGCCAUGGAAACUCUACAGGGUUAUCAGUGGGCAUCUUGGCUGGGUCCGGUGCAUUGCUGUGGAACCUGGGAAUCAGUGGUUUGUCACUGGCUCUGCUGACAGGACUAUAAAGAUCUGGGAUUUGGCCAGUGGCAAAUUGAAGCUAUCGCUGACUGGGCACAUCAGUACCGUGCGUGGCGUGAUCGUGAGCACCAGGAGCCCUUACCUGUUCUCCUGUGGGGAGGACAAGCAGGUGAAGUGCUGGGAUCUCGAGUAUAACAAGGUCAUACGGCACUAUCACGGCCACCUCAGUGCAGUGUAUGGUUUGGAUUUGCACCCAACGAUCGAUGUGCUGGUGACCUGUAGUCGAGAUUCCACUGCACGGAUAUGGGAUGUGAGAACUAAGGCCAGUGUACACACAUUAUCUGGACACACAAAUGCAGUUGCUACAGUCAGGUGUCAAGCUGCAGAGCCACAGAUUAUUACUGGGAGCCAUGAUACUACAAUACGAUUAUGGGACCUGGUGGCUGGAAAGACUAGAGUGACCUUAACUAACCAUAAAAAGUCCGUCAGGGCUGUGGUUUUACAUCCCCGGCAUUACACAUUUGCAUCCGGUUCUCCAGAUAACAUAAAGCAGUGGAAGUUCCCUGAUGGAAGCUUCAUUCAAAAUCUUUCUGGUCAUAAUGCUAUUAUUAACACACUCACGGUGAAUUCUGAUGGAGUGCUUGUAUCUGGAGCUGACAAUGGCACUAUGCACCUUUGGGACUGGAGAACCGGCUACAACUUCCAGAGAGUUCAUGCAGCAGUGCAGCCUGGGUCUCUGGACAGUGAAUCAGGAAUAUUUGCUUGUGCAUUUGAUCAGUCAGAAAGUCGAUUGCUAACAGCAGAAGCCGAUAAAACUAUCAAAGUUUACAGAGAGGAUGAUACGGCGACAGAAGAAACUCACCCAGUCAGUUGGAAGCCAGAGAUCAUCAAGAGGAAGAGGUUUUAAUGUGGCCUGUUGCUAUGGUUUUGGCAGGUUUCUAAGCUUAGCAUUGCUGAGGACCUCCAGGGGUUUGUGCUGUGGCUGGAACAUUGAGCAGAAACUCACUUGCUGAAAUCAUUGCUGCUUCAUACUUUACAAUAAAUGUCCCCUGUACCCCCACCUGUAUUUUUAUUUCUAAAAUAAACAGUUUGUGACUGUAGAAGCUA